GAACGUUCCCCGCAGUCUCUCGCCCUUAUUCGCGCCGGUUCGACACUAUAUUCGCGGGAGACGCAGCGAGUUGAUUCGCCACCAAGAGUCGUUCGCCUCGUCGUCCUUCAUCGCCGACCUUAACGCGACACGUUUAUCGUAUGUCGGGCCGGCGAGCCCGCGAUCGCGUUACGAGCGGAAAAACGCCGGGGAUCAGCUAAUUCGUCGAAUCGGAUAAUUUUUUCGAUAACGGCGCGCGUCGCGUAUCGCUCGUAUCCCCUCCCUCCCUCCUUCCUCUCAUCCUCCCCGCUCCAUCAUCCCCGCUUCCGUCCAUUGGCUUUGUGAUUUCUCCCACCUUGGCCGAUCAUUUCGAUCACCGACCCUUCCCUUCUUCCCUCGUCCUUCCUCCCGUUCCUUCCGAUAGUUCCGAUUCAGUUUACCGGAGUUAGUUGUUUAAGGCAAUACGUUGUGUGCACAUCGUACCAUCCAGCGUACCCUCUGCAUUUCAUUACAUCUUUCAUUUCCUCUUUACUUUCUAAACUCGCAUCUAGAAAUUAAUUGUGUUGUGCGCGUAUCUUCAGACUCAUCGAGAACAGCGGUAUCGUUCUCGCGAUAGUAGCGCGCGCACUUAGUUUGCAAACGAGUGAAUAGAAAGAACACAGAAGAGAGAGAUAGAGACAGAAGAUUGCAGUGCGACGAAACUGUGCAGAUAAAUAUAUAUAUAUAUAUAUAUACUCAUCGAUCUCAUUCGACGCGAUCGUUUUCUCGCAAUAUAUUUGCGAUAUCUCUCGCCGGAUAGCCUUCUCUCGCGAAGAGUCCGGCGUGAAGUUUCCGACGGGCUCUUUAUUCGCAGCGUAAAAACGACAUCUAGUUCGCGCGGGACACUCGACUUUGAACUUGUUCGCUAGAUUCGAAAUCUGUGCCCGCAUGCACAUCGCGACCGCGUUGCAUAUUUUGAAUCUUUAACAGCGCGUUUUAACGCUCGUUUUGUGAAUCGUCGUGUUGUAAUAAAUCAGUCAAAAUUCGGGUGAAGAGUGAUCCGAAGCCAUCCUACGUGAUGGACUCAGCCGACGAGCAAGACGUGGAGAAUCCCGGAGGGAUGGCCAACGGAGCCAGCGGUGCUAACGGAACCAACGGAGCCCACGGAGCCAACGGAGCCCACGGAGCCAACGGAACCAACGGAGCCAACGGACAGCAUCCGACACCGGAGGGUUCUUUGUCAUACCGUGAAGAGAUGGACGAAUCCGAUCUGGAUGACGAAGUACAGGACGACGAAGACUUACUUUCGCAACCGCUUCAAGGCAGCUCGCAAUUGCCGUUGGACAUUGCGGCACAAGCUGCUAGCACAUCUUCAUUAGCGCAUUUAAACAAUCUUAUGAACAUGCAUCCGCAACUCCUGGCGAAGCUUAGAUUACAGUACAAUGACGCAGAGAUGCAAAGGAACGGUUUGGAAGCUCUACAUGCUGCGAUGAGUAGUAACUUCAGCGUACCCUUGUUCCCGCCCAUGUAUAUGUCGUCACAGCCGCCGCCACCACCGCCACUGCCGCAACAGCAGUCGCCGCAUUCGCAGAGUAAUCAUUCGCAACCGAUCGUGUCGAAUCUCGGAAAUGUCGUCGAGAAUCAAUUAAUGAUGGCUUCGGCCUCGGCCUCCACCUCCACCUCCGCCUCCGCCUCCGCUUCCGCUUCCGUUAGACCUCCUGUUGCCAAUUCGCAACCCGGCGAGUCUCCGCAACGAAACUGCAGGAAUAACAGCGAAUCCUCGCAAGGAAGCUCCAGAAAUAACGGAGAAUCUCGGGAGUGUGAAUCUCGCGCCUCGACAUCGGCGAACAAUCAGCAUCCAUCCGGGUCCAACUGGAACUUUGAAGAGCAAUUCAGACAGGUGCGUCAGCUAUACGACGUCGACAAAAAUCCUGAGCGAAAGGAAUUCCUUGACAAUCUCUUCUCUUUUAUGCAACAGAGAGAAACACACGGUAUGCACGUGCUUAAUCAUGUUUUUGCCGACAGGUAUAUGAAAUAUUUGUACCCGUAUGAACAACAAAAGGAAAAUCUCUCGACCCAGGAGCAACUGCAGACGGCGAUCGAGACGAAUCGUCGCGAGAGCCGCAGAAGCAAUUACACCACUUACGCUACUAACAACGAAAAUAUGGUAGCGCGAAAUCAACAUAAUUCGCUGCCAUCGAAUGCGUUGGCACUGCCGAUGCCACUUAGCAUGGCCCAAAUGGAUCUCCAUGGAUCGCAAUCGGCGUUCGUAAACGGACACCCGCAGCAUCAUUCUCAUAACUCGCAGCAUGUUCCGCCGAACCUAGGACAAGUAUCCAAUCUUUCAGAAUACAUGAUGAAGAUGCUGAGAGAUAGAAAUACGAUUACCAGUAACUCGAUAAUUCCACAACAGACUGGCAAUUCACCACCGACGACGGAAGCACUUAACGCAAUUGAAUUGUCCAAACUGACUCUAUGGAAUAUAUAUAACCAAAAUAAUAACAAAAUUUAUUCAGCUCAACAAUCCUUCCCUUCGUCAACGUCCCACUCGCCAUUAGUGCCGGCAACUAGCCCGGAACCGCAAAGGGAAGCCCUGGACCUUGCAAACUCUGCACAUAGGUCAGAUCCGAUAUCCUCUCCAAGCGCUAGUAGAUCUAUUAGUUCACCACAGUCUGGUAACAUGAAAAGAGAUCAAGAUGCUACGGAUCUUUCACCUCCAACGUCUAGCAAAAGAAUAUGUUCCGAUGAGGAAAAUUUACCCGAUAGGGGUAGUAGUAUGCGCAUUACGCAGAUGGUCACCAUACGAGAGAGUGGACGAAGGGAACUAGCAAUUAGCGUGGACCUCGAUGGUAUAUUAUACGAAGGCAUUUUACCAGCUAAAAACGACGACGCCAGCAGUUCAUGAAAUAGCGAAUCGUAAACGCUUAGGAGACACUAAGUACUUAAUUAGAUUCUCUCGUGGCCGAUUCAUGCGGAACAAAUCAGCCAUGAGAAUCUAUUGUAAUAUAAAAAAAAAACGUUCCAACGUUGGUGCACCGCUUAAAUCUCUUGGGAGCGAUAAUAUCCAAAAGAGAAAAUGUACCGACGAAGAACUAUUGUGGAAUUAUUCACUAUUUCAAUCAUGUUUACAAUCUGUUGGGCAACACCGACAUACAUGAAGCUUAUCAAGAAUCGUCCAGACUCUUCAUGUAUUCAGACAAUGCAAUAAUCUCCUAUCUUUUUAUCGGUGAUUUUUUAAAUAUAACUUUGUGUGUUAUGUGAUUUUUUUCCAGGAUGAAUGUCCCGAAUGCCCAAAAGACGAUAUCGUUCCGCUCAGAAACUUAUAGUACUGGAUAAUUCCAUAAUAGUUUUAU